AUGAGGAUCAGAGAGCAGUUGGGUGCACUGCUGAUCUUCAUCUCAACUUUGAGCUUCGUGCGCUCUGACUCCGCUGGUUAUGAUCAAUCUGCUGGUUAUGACAGUUCUGCUGCUUAUGAUCACUCCACAGUGUUGGAUCCGCUUAGAAAAUACCUGCUCAGAUGGAGCUUUAACCAAAGCAGCAUCACCUUUCACUUAGAAGUGGAAACGAGAGGAUAUAUUGGAUUUGGAUUUUCUCCCACCGGUGCCAUGGCUUCUUCUGAUAUCAUUAUAGGAGGUGUUGCAGAGGGAAGACCAUAUCUCCAAGACUAUUUUGUGGACGGCAGCAGAAAAGUCAAUCAAGAUCAGAUUCAAAGCUACCGGUUGCUGUAUGCGAGUGAGAACCAAACACACACCGUUCUGGCAUUCAGUCGGGACCUGCAGACCUGUGACUCUGAUGACAGGCCUAUCACGGGCAGUACGACGCGGGUGAUAUGGGCUUAUCAUGAAGAUGAUGUUGGGCCGUCGGGGCCGAAGUAUCAUGGAGUCAACAGAGGAAGAAAAAGUUUACGUCUUCUUAAUCCUGGAACCAGUACAAGCAUUCCUCCUAAAACAGCUAGUUUCGUCCUGCAGAAUGUUAACGUCCCAGUGCCUCAUAAGGACACAACUUACUGGUGUAAGAUGUUUAAAUUCCCAGAUGUACAUCAGAAGCAUCAUGUCGUUAGAAUUGAACCGGUGAUCCAGAAAGGCCAUGAAAAUCUGGUGCACCACAUCUUGCUGUACCAGUGUGACAGCUCCCUGAACGAGAGUGAUCUGUCGAUCGGCCACGAGUGUUACCAUCCUAACAUGCCGGAGUCCUUCUUCAACUGUGAAACUGUCAUCUUCGCCUGGGCCAUCGGUGGAGAGGGAUUUACCUAUCCUCCACAUGUAGGAAUGUCGAUAGGAACAGCUGAAGAUCCGGUCUAUGUGUUAAUGGAGGUGCACUAUGACAACCCAGCUUUACAAAAAGAUGUGGACAGUUCAGGCCUGCGUCUGUUCUACACACCCAAGCUGAGAGACUAUGAUGCGGGGGUGAUGGAGACGGGCGUGUGGGUCAGCCUAUACCACAUGCUGCCUCCUGGCAUGCAGGACUACAUCACUGAAGGUCACUGUACACAGGAGUGUCUGCAGGAGUCUCUGAGCAGUGAAAUGCCCAGUGGUGUGUGGAUAUUUGCAGUUCUUCUCCAUGCCCACUUGGCUGGCAGGGCCAUCAGGACCAGACAUUUCCGUGAGCAGGUUGAGCUGCCUCCUCUUUCCUCAGAUGACAACUUUGACUUUAACUUCCAGGAGUUUCAGCCAUUGAACCAAGAGCGCCUGCUUCUGCCUGGGGACUCAUUAAUCACUGAAUGCAUAUAUAAUACCAAAGGCCGGCAGAACAUGACGUGGGGUGGUUUAAGCACAAGGGAUGAAAUGUGUUUAUCGUACCUACUAUAUUAUCCUCGAGUCAACCUGGCCAGGUGUGAGAGCCUUCCAGAAAUCCAAGGUCAGCUCAAGUUUAUUGGAGUCAAACAAAUCCAGAAGCCUUUGACGACAUGGCCUUUUGUGAUUAAAAGUCCAAAGAGAUACAGCAACUUGUCCUUCACUGAUGCCAUGGACAAGUUUCGCUGGACAAAGAAGAGAGGAAAGGCCUUUAAUAAAGUUGUUCUUAAGCUCCCUAUGAAUGUACGCUGCUCCAAGAUGGGUAAUGAUGAGUGGUCGAUCCAGGGCACUAUUUUAUCUCCUCCGAAGCUAAAAUCAGUUCGACCCGCUGCCAUCAGUGAGUGUAAAAACAGCUCUAACCCUCAGCAUCAUCGAUCACUGGCUGGGCUGUUUAUCACAGUCAUUAUUAUAUUACUGCAGAUUCACUUCCAGCUCUGA